UCGCUCUCCUGUGUUUUAUUUCCGGUAGUAAUAUGAUCGCAGGACCUUCUACAGCAGAGCUUUAAGAAGCGUGUCCGCACCGAUGAUCAGUGACGGGGGGCCACUGGUCCUCGACGGCGGACUAGCCACUGACCUGGAAGCGAAUGGAGCCAAACUGCAGGGAGAUCCUCUGUGGAGUGCCAGGCUUUUGCAUACUGAUCCCCAGGCAAUAAGAGAUGCUCAUUACAGGUUCCUCCUCAGUGGUGCUGAUGUCAUCACAACAGCCACAUACCAGGCAAGUAUCCCAGGAUUCAUCGAGCACCUGGAUAUGAGCGCCGAAUGCGCCAGAGAGCUGCUGAUGUCUGGAGUUGAUCUGGCCAAAGAGACAGUGAAGAGGUUUGAGUCUGGGCAGAAACGCCCCCUGGUGGCGGGCUCUGUGGGGCCGUAUGGGGCCUUUCUGCAUGAUGGCUCAGAGUACACCGGAGCUUACGCAGAGCAAAUGAGUGUUGAAGAGCUUAAAGUGUGGCAUCGGCCGCAGAUUGACUGCUUAGCAGCUGCGGGAGCUGAUGUCAUCGCCUUCGAGACAAUCCCGAGCAUCAAAGAGGCGGCGGCUGUGGUGGAGGUGCUGAGAGAGUUUCCAAACUCGAAAGCCUGGCUGUCGUUCUCCUGUAAGGACGAGAAGCGUAUAUCGGACGGCAGCCUGUUCACCGACGCCGUGCAGGUCGCCAGCAGAUCCACGCAGCUGCUUGCCGUUGGGGUCAACUGCUGUCCUCCAGAUGUGGUGGAGCCGCUGCUGGACUCUGCUGGAUCACUGCGGAGCACUGACAUGAGCUGGGUGGUGUACCCCAACAGCGGAGAGGAGUGGGACACUGAGCAGGGGUGGCAAACAUCAGGGAAACCAUCGGCAUGGACUCCUGACCUCAGCCGCAUGUGGGUGAAGCAGGGUGCUGCUCUGAUAGGCGGUUGCUGUCGUAUCGGCCCUGCUCACAUAGCAGAACUGAGACAGCAGUUGAAGGGAUGCUGAACAUCUCCGGCCUCUGCAGAAAGGUCCUGAACCUCUCUACAGGACAAGGACAGCACACUGGAGGAUGGAGGGCCUGUCACUGCUGACUGCAAACUUCAAACAAAUCUGUGAUUAAUGAGUUUGCUGCUGACGCUUGCACUCAGGCUGUGUGGGGCUUCCUGUUUGUGGCACUAAAUGCACAGUUUAUGCUCACUGCAAGAGUCUGAGGAGACUCUGAAGAAGGAAUAAAUAUGAUAUUUGAUUCAGCUGUGUC